CGGCUCUGCAGCUGAGGAGAUCGCUGCGUGGGACAUCAGAUGUUAAGAGAUCCACAUGGCGGUCUGAUCCAGACGGAGAAGAAAAGGAAAGAGGACGCCGCUGAUCAGAAAAGAUGUAAUUGAGAUGUCAAUAGAAUACAGAGACCUGCUGAAAGCCUCGUCUGGAAGUGAAGAAGUCAGUAUGAGGCUGUGGACUCCUCAAUCGUCCUCGCGUCCUCUAUACGCCCUGUGCAUGGUCUGCGCUGCUCUCUUCUGCAUCAUUAUUGCUCUCAUCAUCAGUUUUAGAACAACUGGAAGUAAACCGCUGGACCGUACCACAGAGUUCCAGAUUGGUAACCUGAGUGAGAGCAUGAAGAUGAAGGUCGGUCAGCUCUCUCAGGACGGGACCAAGCUCAUGGAGAAGUUCCAGCAGGUGGACACUGCUUUGAAAGGCCUCCAAGUAGACCCGGCCAUAGGAAAACUUCAGAGCGAUGUGCAGAGAGUGCUGGCCGCUGUCAAUAGACUGUCCAACCAGAUAAAGAGGCUUUCUAAUGGAUCUGAUGAUGUCAUCUGCCCCUCUGGUUGGUCUAAAAAUCAGCUCAGCUGUUACCUUUACUCCAAUGAAGAAAAAAAAACCUGGGAAGAUUCCAAAAAAACAUGCGAAGCCAAAAAAUCUCACCUGGUGGUCAUCAACACCGAGGAAGAGCAGAAUUUCAUAUUUGGGAUCACAAAGGGGAAAUACACCUGGAUCGGUCUGACGGACGUGUCUGGAGAAUGGAUAUGGGUGGACGGAACCAAAUACGAUUCUACCCCCCAUAAUUGGGUCCCCGGUCAGCCUGAUGAGUAUUUUGGCCAUGGACUUGGAGGAGGAGAAGACUGCGCUCAUCUGCAUAACAACGGACAAUGGAACGAUGACCACUGCUCACGACGCUACUGGUUCAUGUGUGAGAUGAAUAUGUGAGAGGAACCAAUGAUCUGUGGAGACUGUUAUAUUACUCUGGACUAUUAUCUCAUGAUUAUCUCUUCUGGAGACCACACAAAGUACCAGGAGACAUAUCAGAUCAAGGGAAGAUGGAGACAAAAGUCAUAAUCCUUGAAAUUUAGCAUUUCCAAGUAAUUCAGAGUAGUAUAAUAUAGAGCACAUGUUGAAGGUCAAUAUAGGAGAACAUAUAGGAGGUUCAUAUUGAAGGUCCAUAUAGGCAAACAUAUAGGAGGUUCAUAUAGGAGGACAUAUAGGAGGUCCAUAUAGGAGAACAUAUAGGAGGUCCAUAUAGGAGAACAUAUAGGAGGUCCAUAUAGGAGAACAUAUAGGAGGUACAUAUAGGAGAACAUAUAGGAGGUCCAUAUAGGAGAACAUAUAGGAGGUCUAUAUAGGAGAACAUAUAGGAGGUCCAUAUAGGAGAACAUAUAGGAGGUCCAUAUAGGAGAACAUAUAGGAGGUACAUAUAGGAGAACAUAUAGGAGGUCCAUAUAGGAGAACAUAUAGGAGGUCCAUAUAGGAGAACAUAUAGGAUGUCCAUAUAGGAGAACAUAUAGGAGGUACAUAUAGGAGAACAUAUAGGAGGUCUAUAUAGGAGAACAUAUAGGAGGUCCAUAUAGGAGAACAUAUAGGAGGUACAUAUAGGAGAACAUAUAGGAGGUCCAUAUAGGAGAACAUAUAGGAGGUCCAUAUAGGAGAACAUAUAGGAGGUCUAUAUAGGAGAACAUAUAGGAUGUCCAUAUAGGAGAACAUAUAGGAGGUACAUAUAUGAGGUUCAUAUAGGAGGACAUAUAGGAGGUUCAUAUAGGAGGACAUAUAGGAGAACAUAUAGGAGGUACAUAUAGGAUGUCAUAUAGGAGGACAUAUAAGAGGUUCAUAUAGGAGAACAUAUAGGAGGUCCAUAUGGGAGAACAUAUAGGAGGUUCAUAUAGGAGGACAUAUAGGAGGUUCAUAUAGGAGAACAUAUAGGAGGGUCAUAUAGGAUGUCAUAUAGGAGAACAUAUAGGAUGUUCAUAUAGGAGAACAUAUAGGAGGACAUAAAGGGUGUUAACGUUGAAGGUGUAUAUAUGGAGUCUAUAUAGAAUUUCCAUCUGCAUCAGGGGUCUUAAACUGGCGGUCCUCCAGAUGUUGCAAAACUUCAUCUCCCAGCAUGCCUGGACAUGCCCAGACCGCCAUUUGCUGCAGAUAAUGGCUGUCGGGAAUGUUGGGAGUUGAAGUUUUGCAACAUCUGGAGGGCCACCAGUUUGAGACCCCUGAUGUACAUGAUCCAUGAUGGCAGCUUUUAUAUAAGAUGCUCCAUUCAGAAGGUCCAUGUUAUUUUUGGAGUUUCAUGCAGGAGACCCCUUUAUUAGGACUAUGUAGGUGACUCUUAAUAAUGGGAACAUAUUCAAUGUAUGAUUGUCCUGAAUGAUAAUAAUCUGUCAUCAUUUCCAGACACCUUCACAUGGAAUAUAUUUAUUGGGUGAUGGUGACUGAUCUCCUCCUGAUCCUGAUCUACCCCUGAUCCUGAUCUCCUCCUGAUCCUGAUCUCCUCCUGAUAGUGAUCUCCUCCUGAUCCUGAUCUCCUCCUGAUCCUGAUCUCCCCCUGAUCCUGAUCUCCUCCUGAUCCUGAUCUCCCCCUGAAAGUUAUC